UGAAAAUGCGCCUUUUAUUUUGUAGAACAAAACACACUAAUGUAACGUCAUAUUAGUGUGUGUUUAUUCACAUGUAAGGUUAAGUAGAAAAGUGCGUUGUUAAGAGCGAUUGAAAAUUUAAACGUAAACGCAUGUCAAUACUAAUAAUUUUCUUCCUAUUGCAAUAAUUAAUAUUGCUUAAAUUUUUUAGUUAAAACUUUAUAAAGACAUAUAUUUUGUGAAUCAAUUACUUUAAACUGUCCUAAAUGACAAGUUUUAUGUUGAUUUAAAUAUAAAAAUGUUUUCGAGAAAAACUCGUAAUUUGAUCUGAACUUUUAAGUCGUCUAAUAAUAUUCAACAACGAAAAUACCGAAAGUUGUAGGUCUGAAACUUUUAUAUAAACAAAAAUAAAAAUGGCUGAUUCUAGAAGUAACUCAUAUCGACCUUCUCUUUUCUAUCGACCCUUGUCAAAUGGAGAUACAACUUAUAAUUCACUAGUACGAACUUUGAUUGAAACAAAAACCGAAUACAAACCAAUACCAGGUUUUAAUAUGAAUAGAGAUGACACUUUGUAUUAUCGUCGAAUGCAGGAAAUUGACUGUGAUGAAGUUUAUCCUGGAAUAUUUAUCGGAGAUGCAUCCACUGCAAAAAAUCGUGAAUAUCUUAUGAGAAUUGGUGUUACCCAUGUAGUAAAUGCAGCUGAAGGAAAUCGUUUCGGACAUGUCAACACAAAUCAAAAUUAUUAUAGUACAACACCCAUCAAGUAUCUUGGUUUGCCACUGACAGAUUUACCAUCUGUAGACAUUAGCCAAUAUUUUAAUGUUGUUGCCAACUUUAUUGAUGAUGCCAUUAGAAGUGGCGGGAAAGUAUUUGUACACUGUAUGCUUGGCAUUUCUCGCAGUUCAACAUGUGUUAUUGCAUUUUUGAUGAUUAAACGUAACAUGACAGCAGAAGAAGCAAUCCGUUUGGUUCGUAAAAGCCGUGAUGUCCAUCCAAAUGAUGGAUUUUUACAUCAACUGGCAUCACUUGAUAAUCAGUUGCGUCGAUCUCGUAGUUAUCUCUAAUAACUAAAUUGCUAAUUUACGAUAAUUAUUUGCUUGAUUUAUUUCAUAAUUACGAUAUUUUGAGAAACUUCAAAAAUAUCACAAAUUAAUGAUUAAACUCUAAAUACAUUCACCUUUAAUUGUUCUUUAAACUGAUAUAUUUGAUUAAAAAGAAUAGGAAUAACAAUAACAAUUAUAGCAAUAAAUAACUUAUAUUUGCAUUUCAUGAUUCUUAUGCAAUCGCUGGCGAUGCAACUAAUAAUGUAUUUUAACGAGAUUUAUCAAAUUU